UUGUUCCAGAAACCACAACUGCGGCCGAUGAUAGCCGAAUAUGAUCCUAAGAGAAAAGGAGUCAAAAAUGACUUGUCAGAUGUCGUUAUGGUCAAGUACAAAGUUGAUCCAAAUGAGAUUCCGGUGGAACAACAGGCGGGCUCGACCCUCCCUCUCAUGGAAAUACCCGGUCGGGAUAUUGAGGCGGACGAGGACUAUAACCCCUUCGACCACAGAAAACUGGCUCACCCCACCUCGGACAUGGAUACUCUUAUCCACUUGCUCAAGGGAUCAUUGGGCAGUGGUAUAUUGGCCAUGCCCAUGGCCUUCAUGAACGCCGGUCUCUACUUUGGUCUAGUGGCGACCUUCCUUAUCGGUGGCAUUUGCACGUACUGCGUCCACGUGUUGGUCAAAACGUCUCACGAACUCUGUAAGCGGAUACAAAAACCCUCGCUAGGAUUCGCAGAGACUGCGGAGGCCGCGUUCUUAUCUGGACCGCCAGCUGUGCAUAAAUUUUCGAGACUCGCCAAAGCUAUAAUAAAUUGGUUCCUCGUAGUAGACUUAUUGGGCUGUUGCUGCGUCUACAUCGUAUUUAUAUCAACAAACGUUAAGCAAGUGGUAGACUUCUACGCCGAGAAAAGUGACUGGCUCCACCACGACCUGGAUCUGCGUAUAUACAUGGUUGCGUUACUGCCGUUCCUCAUUGCAAUGAACCUCAUUCGGAAUCUCAAGUAUCUGGCGCCGUUCUCCAUGAUUGCGAAUCUUUUAGUCGGAACCGGCAUGGGCAUCACCUUUUAUUACCUCUACCAAGAUAUUCCAAGCAUCAGUGAUCGUAAACCCUUCGCUGGAUUCGAGCGCCUUCCUACUUUCUUUGGAACCGCUAUUUUCGCUCUUGAAGGUAUCGGUGUCGUGAUGCCACUCGAGAAUAACAUGAAGACUCCCACUCACUUCAUCGGCUGCCCCGGAGUCCUGAACACUGGCAUGUUCUUCGUAGUUUCCCUUUAUGCUAUUGUAGGAUUCUCAGGAUACCUCAAAUACGGAGAUGCAACUGGAGCCAGUAUUACAUUGAACUUGCCCCAAGACGAAGUGUUGGGCCAGAGUGUGAAAUUGAUGAUCGCCGUUGCCAUCUUCUUCACGUACAGUCUUCAGUUCUACGUGCCCAUGGAAAUCAUCUGGAAGAACGUGCGUCACAUGUUCGGCUCCAAGAAGAACAUCGCUGAGUACAGCAUCAGGAUCGGCAUCGUCAUCAUGACCCUCUGCACCGCGGUCGCCAUCCCCAACCUGGGCCCGUUCAUCUCGUUGGUAGGCGCCGUCUGCCUCUCCUUCCUGGGUCUCAUCUUCCCAGCCGUCAUCGAGACCGUCACCUUCUGGGACCGCCCCAAUGGUCUCGGUCGUUUCAACUGGGUCCUCUGGAAGAACAUGUUCUUAAUCUGCUUCGGCAUCCUCGGCUUCCUCACAGGUUCCUAUGUUAGUAUUUUAGAUAUAAUCAAGGGUGAAGACUAA